AUGGAUGCCGCGCACAUGCAAAGCGAGUUGGAUCGAGCUAACGCUAAACUGGACAGGUUGGAGGCGCUGAGGGAGGGUCGCGUGCGCCCUCGCUCGCCAGAAGAGCCCGACGACAGUGUCAAGCGCCAAAAGAUGCUAGAGGAUCAAGAAGAGAUUGUUGGAAGUAUAACUGACAUGCCUGGUCCCUCGUCACUCGCGUAUCCAACCCGCUUCCAAAAAUAUAACUCAGAAUAUUCCCCUAAAAUUCUCAAUUUGAGACCUCCAAGUUGCCGUGGUCCGCCAGUUACACUCUUCCACCCCGUUUUUGACCAGUUUCUUAUGGAUCUAUCGGAUGUCAAUUUGACUAUCCCCCCUAAUCGAUAUGACGAGGUCCGGGAAUUUUCGCGUGUGGCAGGCGUAAUAUAUUCAUGUGAACGUGACCGAGACUCUGCAUUGCAACCUUUUUUUGCUUCACUUUUUGAUGCAUCUGCGACACCUAUUGUGACAGAUAACCGCGCGCAAAUUGACGAGGCACUGCUUAUUGAUGCGAAGAAGCUUAGAGAGAAGGCUGCUCCAAUCAUGUGGGAGAUCAAGAAUGAGAUAGGAACGGGAGCUGCUGAUCCUUCAAUUCAAGGUGCUUGCUCUUACAUGAAGUACUGGGCACAGGAACGGGUUACAAAUAUCCGCAAGAGUUGUUGUUGUCCGUCUAUUAUAAUGGCUAUUGCAGGACCUUGGAUCUGCAUCCUUGGUGCAGUGUUUCUUGAUAAACCAGUAAUUGAACCAUUAACUGAUUUUAUACUCAUGAUUGACCGUCCCCAAGACAAUGGGCGGAGGAUAACACAACUCACCACUUUGUUCGAAGCUUUGCAUCGUGCAUAUAAGACUUUGUCUCAUUUCUACAAGGACCUGAAUAUGCCUAAUGAAUUAGAGAUCCAGAAAGCACAAAGAAUGUUCCCUUACCACCGACAAUACAUCUGUGAUGGGAAGACUGUUAAUUUCACUUAUUGCUCUAAGUUGAUUAAGGGAUGGACAAGAUUGAUCUAUAAAGCACAAACUGAUGAAGGCCAAAUAGUUAUCAUUAAGUUUAAAGAUCAGUACAAUGCUGAAGCUCACCAAUUGUUGGCUAAUCAGGGACUUUCUCCUCAGCUUUACUAUGUUAGUAACAAUGCUUCCAAUAGGUGGCAGAUGAUUGUAAUGGACAUUAUUGAUCACAUUAAUAUAAAUGCUAUUAUUGAGCAUAACCAGCGUUUGCAUGUUUUCUCUGAAGUCAAGAGGGCACUUGAUAUACUCCACAGAGAAGAUAUGGUCUUUGGAGAUUUGCGCCUUCCCAAUAUACUUGUGUCAUCAGUGGGUGAGCAAACUCAUGUAAAGUUGGUGGAUUUUGAUUGGUGUGGAAAGGAGGGCAUGGCUAAAUAUCCAUCAAUAUUGAAUCCUGAUUGUGCAUGGCCAGAGGGAGGUGGGGUAGACGGAGUAGUAUGGGAAGUUGGUAGAUUUGAAACGAAAUUGGAGGAACUCAAAAGCACUGUAUUGUCAAAAUUGGAUGACUUGCGAGAGGAUAAAAAGAGUACAAUCUCAAUAUCGAGAGUUACCCAAAACCAGUUCAAAGAAUUACUCAAUUCACUUGGUCUUGUUAGAAGAACGAUCACUUUCUCCCUAGCUCCGACUUCGAAGAAUAUUAAAUCUUUCUGUUGGAAACCAUCCAAAGAAGAUGUGCAGUCAGAAGCAUACAUGAAAUGGCUCAACAAAAACAUCAGCCUUCCCCCGGGUGUCCAGAUUGUCAAAACCUCAUCCAUGCCCUACCUUCUCUCUACUACAAAUGCGAGUUUACAUUACAACAUUAAUGGGACAUUAGAUGUAGCUAUUGUCGAUGAGAAAAACAUUAAAUCACGAAACAUCGCCAGUGAAUUGAUAGCAGCAAAUAUUUAUUCAGAGUAUCCACUGGUAAUAUUACUCACAGACCUGGACCAAACUUGGCAAUUUUUCUGGCUUAGAAUUGGUGUGAUUGUAGACUGCACAUUUGAGCUUUCAAAGGCUAUUACAUUAAUUGAGUCAGUCAUAUCAGAAGCUGGAACUAAUAUCUCUGCCAGUGCUUCUACACAAGAUGCUUCUUAUAGAGCAAGAUGUAACUUUCAGAAGGCAAUAUCAUGUGUAAAUGAGGAUAAUGAAAUGCCAUCAGGGAGUAAGAGUGCUGAAGGGCUCGAACAGAUAAUGAAACAACCAAAGAUAGAUCCUGCAGAUCUGCUUCCGGAGGAUGACAUUGCAUCCAUGCAUGAUGUAUUUGAUGUAAUGAACGAAGAUGAGAUACGCAACUGGAAGUUAAGGCGAGUUCUGGAUUUUGCAAUGCACACCCCUGCCCUCCAAUCUUGUCAAUCGGAUGAAA